AUGUCCCCGUUGGGGUCACUUUUGUCAUGCCUACUGGCGAUGACGUCACUCGGCAGAGUUGGCGCCUGGCCAGACGGUGCACCUUGUAUCCACUCGGCCAUGGAAAGUAUGAACCCACUGGAAGCUAUAGAACAUCAAGGAGGUCUUCAGGUUGGAAUAAUUGAUUUCGAUUCGGUUUCCGAGUCUGUCAUUGAGCUUUUUUUAAUCAAUAAAAAAAGUUUUAUUUGAAUUUUUUAGAGUUUUUUUCAGUUGUAAACAACAGAAGAAAAAUUUGAGUUUAUCCUAAAUAUCUUAUUCGGGUACGAAAGUUUUUAUUGCAAUAAGAUUGAAGCCCGAGAACUCUAUUAUUGCUCAUAUUACAGAAACGAAAAAUAUCGUAUUUUCCUCUGCCUUUUGCUAAGAUAUUUGGAAAAUUUUUGAGAGCUGUCAUUUUUUCCUGACUUUUUUACAGUAUUGGCUUUUUGAAAAAAACCAGUAACUUAAUAAUAAACUCAUCAUUUUUUUCAGUUGACCGUUCCCCCUUACGAGAUUGCCGUUGACCAAAAAUGCUAUUGGAGAAAUCAACCUAUCGGACGUGAGAAUUUAUUAUUUUCCUACAGUAAUUUCCAAGUUACAGUAACCAUCCAAGGCUUGAACGAGUCGGUUUGGUUCAAAGGCUUCAAUAUUCAGCCACAUCAAUGGGACAACGACAGGCUUGGACCAAGGUGAGAGCAAUUUUCUGAAAAAAAAAGAAGUUCGAGUUUUAGAAUCGGCCAACUAGUGAGACUUGACGACAAUGGCUCGUGGCAGCAGCAGUGUUUCAGGUAGGAUGUUCUUGAAAGACUAUUUAUUUCCGAACACUAAUUUCAACACCAAAAUUUUGGAAUUUAGAGUCCUAUUUUAAGUAGAAAUCACGAAUAUGUUAUCUAUUUAUUCAUCAGAUCUUACAAUUUCUCUUUUAAUAAUUCUUGAACUUUUUUUUCUUUUCUUGUCUCUAUUUUUACAUAAGCGGCCUGUAAAAAAAAUUUAAAAAAACGGGAAAACUGUAGAAAAUCAAGACCUUGAUUUCCAGUUUGAUUCAUUGAUUUUUCUUGGUUUUUUUUCUAAAUGUAAGUUCUGGAUAAUAUUAUUCAUUUAUCAAAAGUUUAUAUUUCAGAUUCAAAGAUUCCGCCACGCAUUCUCACGACGAGAAGAAGAAACAUAUAAAAAUGUGGUGGAAGGUCGACGACGAGGUGGACACUGUUCAGUUCGUGUGAGUUCCUUUGAAAAUUUAUCUCACUUGGGGGUUAAUAAUUGCCUGAAAAUUGGCCAGAACACUUUUUGAUGUAUCAGGUUAAUAUUCUGAAAGUCUCAAUCUCAAAACUUUCUAGUUUUUGGAACAGGAGACCUCAAAGCCGAAGACAACCCUCAAGGUCCGUUUAAAUAAGUGGUUUUUAGACUUUUCUUCUCAAAAACAAGGAAUUUUUGCAAGUUGAGACUUUCACGACCUCCUUUGUAGGGUACAUAAAAGAGUAUUCUCGCCAAUUUUCAAGAAAUUCACAACAAAAAAAUGACCUUCGCUAUGAGGCUCAGGUAUUAAGAAAGAGGGGAAAAAAGUUUCAUUUUUGUUACAGUUUCAGAAAGACAGAUCAAUUUUAGAGCAACGGUGGUGAAGCACCAGACGAUGUUCUGGGUGAGGUCGGUGAGGUCGAAGCCCCUUCCUCCGUGUCGACUCAACCGCGACGGCUUCCCGUCCUACGUGGCGCCCCUUCCGACCGUCCCGCCGCCGACCAAACAGUUCAAGAUGGACACCGUCUCGAUGUUCGAGAGCGGAAGACCUGCCGCUCCCCGAAUCGUUCGUACUCGUCAUCGCGGCACCUCCGGACGCUGAUCACGCUUCUUUUCAUUCUCUUUGCACUUUCUCUAACACUUACUAUUCACUUUUUUUCAGUUUUUUUCUAGAAAAAUUUUUAAAAACUGUGAAAAAAAUGUAGAAUGACGGGCUUCCAUAGAGACGCUGUAAUAUCUAGAAAAAAAAACUCUUUUUUUUUCAGAAAUUUUUCGAGUUUUUCCAUGCAAUCUGUUUUGUCUUGUAGUUUAUCCAUAAACAAAAAGUUCCUUUGAAAAGCAAAAAGAAAAAAAUAAAUUUAACGAAAACUUAGCUUUUUAUUUAUUAGUGUUUUUUUACAACGCCAGGAAGAAAUUUGAUCUUAUUAAAUCUAGAGAAAACAUUUUUAAAAUUAGAAAAUAUUUUCAUAUGUAACAUUUCAUUUCUCAAGAAAAAAAGAUCAAGGUUUUUUUCACAACACAAUUUCGAAAAAUUUCUAAUCUCAUAUUUAUAUAAAUAGAAAAAGUAUAAAAACUUAUGAUAAAUAUUUAUCAUAAGUUUUUAUACUUUUUUUCUAUUUUUUUGGCAAAUUUUGUUUAUAGUGGAACUUCAUCCGAAGCAAAAGAUUUAUAAUUUUUUUCUCUUUGAAAUUUAUUUUUUUCAGUUCUUCACUCACCCUUGAUAGUCAAUUUUUUUCACUAACCUUUCUCAAAGCUGUGCAAUUUGUGUUUCAAGGCCAUCUGUUUUUUUACAUAGUAUUUAUCAGAUCAAUUUUUUUUCUGUUGCACUUCACACGCGUUAAUAAAUCAAGCUUCACGUUUUGAGAUACUAAAAAGUUCCAGCUUUUGCUAGAAAGAAGAGAAAAUUUUCAAAAAUGUUCGAAAAUUUAGGUCCAGCCGCCACCAGCUUUCAUUGACCGACCGACUGCUCCUCCACCGCCGCCACAGGUUUUCAAUUUUUUUUCAUCAGAUGAAUUGAACAUUCCUCUUUUUCAUAUGGUUUUUUCAGAAAUUUUAGUUUCAUGAUAUUUUUCAUUCAGGUAAUACCUACGACGACACGAUUCGUCCCCUCCCAAAGUAAGAUUUUUUUUUCGUGUGUUUUUUUUUUGGAAUAAUAGUUAUCGAAUGGGCUUUCUGAACUGUGAAUCAAAAUUCUCAAACUGUUUAUCGAAAAGGAGUUAUUAAAAUUUUGAGAGAAUAUAAUGUUUUUCUAACAGUUUUGACCUUACAAGGAACGAAUGGAGUAAUCUAUCUUGACAAUAAUAACACAUAAUAUCUUGAAGUUGUUACUAGAGAAUGUUUUUCUUAAGUGGCCACAUACUUUUCUAGCGUUCACUUAGAGAGUUUACCCCUCACAAAUUCGUAGUUUAAGAAGAUGCGAGAAUUUUUCGAAAGUAUCAAUAUACCCUUUAGGAAAAAAAACUCCACUUUGCCGAAUAACUUUUGUCUCAUUUUCAGACAACUUCCGACAAGGCUUCACCCGCGGAUUCACAUCAGCUCCUCCAGUGUAAGGAUAUCUUGAAAUUUCGAGAAUAUCUAAUGUAUUUCAGCCAAACCCAACCGUUCACCCAAGCCAUUCCACCGGUGAGUAAAAAUUAUCCAAAAAUUUCAUUCCUUCUGAAUAAUUUCAGAGACCAACCGGAGUCAUAUCGAACGAAGUUGCGGUGAAUUAAAAAAGGCUUUAAAAUAACGAUUUCGGAUUAUUUUCAGUUCAGCGUCGCGCCUAGAAGGCGUGUCAGUCAGGUAAACAGAAGGAAAUAAUUUGAAAUUCAAAAAAGUGUUCAGUUCGUAAGAGGACGCAGCGGAUUCACACGACGGCGUGAGUUUGAAAGAUUUUGUCUAACAUGAGCAAUGUCGCUCAUUUUUUUUUCCCUCAUUUUUCGAGCUCAUUCUUCUUCUUUUUUAAGGUAUUUAUCCUGUUAUUUAGCAUGUGUGGACGCUGACACCGCCGGUCGCUGCGGCCAGAUGCUCCAGCUCUGCCGCCUCAGACUUCACAUCAAUUGGAUGUUUGCCAACUGCGCUCUGAGCUGCGGAUUCUGUCGACCGAGACCGUAA